AACUUAUUAUAUGACUUGGUAUGGCGAGUCACUUCACGGGCAUUGUGACGACACUUCCGUUCCAACCACUUUGUUCGGACUGCAGUUUCAUUUUUAGUUUACACAAGAAUAGAAGCCAUUGUACGAGAUGGCAGAAAAAUAUUCAAGUUUGGUGUUCGUGGUUUUGCUUGCGAUGGAAAGCGCUUUCGGGGUUGCAUCCAAUACAACUAUGCCUACAGGAGGAACAACUUCAGCAGCGGCCAUAAUGAUAGCUGGAAAUACAACAGCUACAUUCACUACAAGAACUACGACUUACCGACCGUUUACAACAACAGUUCCGACACCUGUACCAUCUUACCCCACGACCACGACACCACCACAAGGCAGCAACACAGCGCCACCAGUUCACACAGUGAAGCCAGUGUUAAAAGUGUUCGGGAAGAUAGCAUUGCUUUGGUUCAACCAAAGCCUCACCUUCCAAGCCGCUCAAAACUCGUGUAUUUCCCACCAAGCAAGGUUGUUGCAUAACGCAACACUGAGUUCUUUGUACUUCAACUACGCGCAUGCUUUCUUCCUCCCAAUCAGUUCAUUUAAAAAUGAUCAAGGAUCCGUUCGACCAACCCCAAGCCCACCACUGCCACCUACGUUCUGGUACAUAAGCGGGGCGUACAACACAACUGCAUUGCAGUAUAAUAAUGGUACUUGCGAAAUGUGGGUUUCGGGUUUUAACUAUCGGCCAUGCAACCACACAGCAACUUAUUUCUGCAUGAGAAAAAUACCAGAUUGUUACCCCGAGAUGGGCGAAGCCUGUGACGCCAAUCAAAGAUGUGUGGUUUACUUGAACGGCUCUGCUGGUUGCGCGUGCAAUCAAGGUUACACCAAGACCCCAGCAUCUAGUUGUAGGGAUAUCAACGAAUGCCGUACAAGACCACGACCGUGCUUUCAUAGGCGUUCAACUUGUCGGAAUUACGAGGGUGGCUACACAUGCGUUUGCCCCACUGGGUUGGUGGGGAAUGUAUGCGGAUACAAAAUAACAAUGCAACAACUCCUUAAGGGACUUAUCUACAAACCACUCAUGUCAAACCAGAGUUCCUCCACGUAUAAAAGAAACGCACACAAUAUAAUAAAAUCACUAAAGCGAACUGCAAAGAAAUAUAUUUUAUCGAUUCGUGGACUUGAGCUUGUCGAGAUGUUAAGGACCCGGAACUCUACGACAAUCAUCUAUGACGUAUAUACUACGUAUAAGAGUGUGACGUCAUCGACAGUCCUUGAGUUUUUUAAAGAAUCGAAACGAAGAAACGGAUCGUUGUUUCGAUUAUACAAUGCUGACCUACCCAGCCAAGCGCCUCCCAUCUGCUACCGAGGGUUUGUCAAAUCUACGUGGGAAAAUCGAACUUUAGAAUUUCCCGCCACUCCAGCGGAUGUGACGUCAUUCAAUAUUGGCGCGUGCGUCACAGAGGAUUGGUACGCGCUUAUACAAUGCAGACGUCCAACAACUAUUGGUCAUUCGCCCUACUUUGACCGACACACACUAAUGCGACGACCAUGCGGUCAGGGGGGUGUGGUCCCAGUUAUGGCCCCUAACGAGUCGGUUGGCAAGAAAGCCGUGACAACCAGAGUCGACCAAACGUUACAACUCAUUGCUGCACUAAGUCGGCUAAAUUCAACGUGGCCACCUACGUCAUCCCAACCUGCGUCACCACUGCCUACGUCAUCACCACCUGCGUCAUCGCAACCCACAUCUACUAUCAUUGGUCAACUAACGGAUGACGUAAUAAAGUACAACGUAACAGUGAGUGAUUGUGACCAACAAUGCUUGUUUUAAUCCUUACGAAUGUUCGGUUAAAUAUUCUUGUAAGAUGGACACCACGUUUAUAGCACAUAAUAUCCCAUAUUCCACAAUCGUGUUAAUUGAGGCGGUUUUGCGCAACAACUUGGGUCCUAUUUAUUUUUCAUUUAAAACACAAUUUAAUCGUCUAGCAGUUGUGUAUAUCUGAAAAACAAAAACAAGAUUAAAAUACCUUCAUAGUUUAUGUGGCUGGCGUUGGUGGAAAGCCACUACGGCACGACAAGCCCCCAGCCAA